AUGCCCGACGGCAUUACCAUCUAUGAGCGAGGUGGGUUCGUGUCGGCUAGCCGUGGCCAUAGCGCUGAUAAGCUCAGGAACCGGACCAUGGAUGGAAACUGGGGCGUCCUUACUAGACUUGGACCUCGAGGUAUGGGUCCCGCUGUGCCCCUGAUGACCGGCAUUGACGAUAGCAGCACCCGAAAAACUCGUUGCUUAUGUAGGACGAAGUAUCUACGCCUCUUUACGGAUGAAUUUCAGCCUGUUAUUAGCAAGGACAUCAACGGGUCCCUGUUCUGUGAUGACAUUUUGGAUGAGAAUGACAAGCCUAUCAAGCAUGUCUCGUGGGCUUGUUAUAAGAUAAAACACGUCCGCGAUCCUCAUACGUAUGAAUGGAUCCAAACUACCGCCUUUGUGACCUGGUAUCCGGAAACCCAAAUACAGGUGGUCUUCAUUGUCGAUCAUCCAGAACCGCCCAGUGACCUGGUUGCCAUCCUACCCACGACUCAGGCAGACAGCAACCCUUAUGUUUGGCACGCUGUGAUUGCGACCACCAUGAUCGGUGUUUAUGAUAAUUCUUUCUGGGCGCUUCGAGAUUUAGUCCGGACCACUGAGAAGUCAAGAGUUGAUGUAAACAGUCUGACCCCCGACUUCUUCCCUCACUUGCACGAUAUUGCACGGCAUGUCUUUCACUCGAAUGAGACCCUCGAGGUCGCAGAACAUACCAUGCAAUGCUUGGUGGAGGAGCAGGCGCGCUCCUACGAGCUGUACCCCAAUGUCAACAAGGGCGAAUGGCUCCAGACCAAACGAAACCUACUUCGACGAGCCAAGAACUUUCACUCGCUGAAGAUCCGAAGUCGAUCGCUCUCGGAGCGGUUACACAACGAGAUUAACUUGGGAUUCAAUCUUGUCUCCCAACGAUUCGGCCACGACGCCAAGUCCGACAGUGCCAUGAUGCGGACGGUUGCGAUCGUUAGUAUGGUAUACCUACCGGGGACAUUUGUAUCGGGCUUAUUCGGAACGAAUUUCUUUGAUUACAAUAAUGGAAAGGAAGUCAUGACCAGUUCAUUCUGGAUCUAUUGGGCCAUUACUGUCCCUUUGACUCUGAUCACAAUGUUUAUCUGGGCCUGUUGGCAUUAUUAUCCGAAGAAGAGGGUGGUGGGGGAGGAAAGACAACGAAUGUCGACCUUUGUUGACGGGAAGGUUUGA